CUCUUGAACAGACAUUAUAUUGUGGAAACUUUCCUACCAAGUCAUAAACUCAACCAUAAACAAUGGGGAAAACAAAAUGGGUUCUUUUGUGGAAAUACUUCACAAUAUUUGCUUUUUCAACAGUGUCGGAAACUUUUGUUUAUUUCGACGUUUUCAUUGAUUAUUUGAUAAAAUAAAAUAUUCUUGACACCUCUUAUUUCGAAGAACUUUUCAUGUAGUUUUUUUAUAUGUUAAUUUUAUUUUUUAUUUCUUUACCAAUAUGUAAAUAAAAUUGAUAUUUUGACUCGAGAAUACAAAUGUGGCAAAUAAUUUGGGACGGAGAGAGUACAAUUUAUUCUCACUGUAGAAGAUUCUCGACACUCAAACAGAAAAAUAAAACAAAAUGAGGAUGUAAAUUCUAUAUUUUAUUUACUCACACAAUCAAAAUCCAAAGCUUAUGUCUGAAACAUAUUGAUAAUGGCAGGGGUUGCUGCUUGCCGGAGAAUGGAGCACUGUUGCGUCACCAGAUUUAUCCCUAGCUCUCUGUGCUUCUGCUUGCCGGUGAGUGGAGCACUGCUGCUUCGCCGGAUUUUCCCCCAGAUCUCCGUUGAUGGGGGCUGCUGCUUGCUGGAAAAUGUGCCGCCGAAUCUCCCUAGCUCUCCGUCUCUAGGUCUUGCCGGAGAAAGGAGCACUUCUGCACCGCCGAGUCUCUCUGUAGCUCUCAGCCGGAGAAUGGCAUCGACCGUCCGGCUUUACAAUUUUCAAUUUGGAGAAUGGAUCAGAUCCAUCUCUCUUGCCUAAAAAGAAUCUAUUGGGUGUAAUCCACUUAGAAGAGAUGGACAGAUAAGGAGGAGGAGUGGACUAAGAUGAAAGGACUGGACACUGU